AUGAAUCCAGCUGUCACAAACAUCGCUAUCAUGCUUAUUGGUAUGCAAGUUUCCAAGCAACUAGACUUGGAGGACCCAACCAUUUUGUUCUACGUGAGGGCAUUCUACAUUUCAUGCCAAGUCAUCACCUUCCUCGUGUACUUUCUCGUCAGAUUGAAGAUCAACCAAAAGAAUGACUUGACAACUAUCAAAUACGUUGAACCAGCUAACCCCAUGAGCGGUGAAACUGAGCCAAGAGCCGUUGUUACCACUGUCAAGGAGUACGACUUACAACAAGUCAAUAGUCAAGUCAAGGGUAUCUUUACUGGUUUGGCCAUGAUGGGUUUCAUGCACAUUUACAUGAAAUACACCAACCCAUUGAUUAUGCAAAGUGUCUCUGGUGUCAAGUCUGCUUUGGAAUCAAACAUUGUCAAGAUCCACCUUUAUGGAUCUCCAGCCACUGGCGACUUGAAGAGACCAUUCAAGACUGCUCCUGGAUUUAUGGAAAUGUUGACUGGUGGUGCAGGUGUACAGACCGACAAGGCUUCUGUUGAAAGUGCCGAAGUCAGUGGUGCUGGUGGAAUUAAACAGGAUUAG